AUGGAUCUCCAACUCUCAAAGUACCGGGAGCAAUCCACGCCUGUCCAAAUGCCAAGAUCCAUGCACACCACACCUACCAAGAAUAGAGAGAGAAGCAAUACUCUUUUUCGUUCUUCACUUCUUCUCACUCACAUUCAGAUAAGAGAGAAGCAGAAACUUAGAGAGAGAAGGAGAGAAGAAAGUCUCGCCGUCGCCGUCGUGGUCGCCGACGCCUUCCCCCUCGACCUCGCCUCGCCUUCCCCUUCGCCCCUGCUUCACCGUGCCUCGCCCUCGCCUCUUGUUCCUCGUUGUCGUCGGGGAGGUGGUGGUGGUGGUCGUCGUCGUGUUCCUCGCGCUUCCAGCAUCACCGCCGCACCUCUCUUCCCCUUCCCUCCCUACUCUCCGCUAUCCAGAUUCAUUGCCACCACCACCACGCAGCUCCACCGUCACUGCCAUCACAGGCUGAAGGAGGUUGUCGUCGAGCUGCUCCCCUCUCUACGUUGUUGCUGCUACUGCAACCACCUUCUCUCUAAUCUUUGUUCUUGUUUCUAGAUUGCUGCUGCUUUUUUUAUUUUCUAUUUUUUUUUAAAUCUAAAUCUGUUGUUAUUGUUGUUGUUGUUGUUGGAUUUAAAGAAUAAUUUUUG